AGCAGCAUCAAGAGAGUGUUAGAUAUGUCGCAAAUAAACAUCGGAGAGAGGGCAGAGAAUCUGCAGGCGAAGAUAAGCGUGCCAUGCGUUCAUCCAAAGACGAUUUAUGGUGAAACGGGGGUUUGAAUAGGCGCUGGUGGGUUGAUGACCGGCCGUAAAACACAGGCAGGAGAGAUGAGGAAGGAUGAAACAAAGGGAGGAGUAAAAGAGAGAAAGUGAAAUGGUGGUAGAUAAAGCGCAAGACGGGGCCAUGAGCUCUGCACCGCCUUACGACUCGCUACCAGCCCGGCCAAGCCCCUGCCGUGCAAAAGAGUGGGAAAGAGAGCUGCACGGUGCUCAAAGACUGUCGUCCCCACUUCGACCAGCUCUACCUUCCAGUUCCAGACGGCCUUCAGCGCUCCCUGGAUAUCUGCUCUCACCCUCCCGAGAGUACACUGACCAACAGCAACGUCUUUCAUUAUCGUUGUGCUCGGAGGCCUCACUGGCGCCCCCUGUGCCUGCAGUGGGUGCUUCCCCACCGUGCUGCCGGGCGGUGGGAGUCAUGCCCUUGCUGCGCCUUACGCUCCUGAUUUUCAGCUUUCUUUUUUGGGCCGCAGGCCUUGCGAUCUUCACCCUAGGCAUUUGGGCACAGGCUUCGCUCUCCGACUACAUGCUACUCUCGGCGAACCGCUACCCAAAUGCACCCAUCAUCUUGUUAGGCACGGGUGCUGCUGUGACCGCUUGGGGCUUUUUGGGAUGCUUGGGAGUAGCUGCCAACCUUCCUUACCUUCUGCGGGCAUACGGCUUCUUCCAGUUAGCUACACUCGUGGGUGGACUAGCGGCUGGUCUCUCGGGGCUCUUCUACAGGGAGGAUAUUGCCGAAGGUUUCCGUAGCGGGCUUAAGAAAGCUGUGUUGGACUAUGGAGAAGACGAGGGCCGCGCAGAUGCGUUGGACAGCCUGCAGAGGGCGCUUGAGUGUUGUGGUGUUGAGGGUUGGCGUGAUUGGCUCAUGUCUGAUUGGGCUGUUCAAGAUGCUAUUUACUUAACGGGAAGUUUGGGGAAUGAUUCCUCUGCUGUGUCGUUACCAGACAGUUGCUGUAUAAAACGCAAAGGCUGUCGCAAUAGACCGUUGCCCGAGAGUGGAUUCGGGGACAUUGAGAUCGCAGGGAUUCACGCUCACGGUUGUUUCCGCAAAGUCUUCAGCUUGGUAAAUGACAACGUCUUUCAUAUUGCAGCAACAGUCCUAGGCCUUGCUUUCACCCAGGUGGCUGGUAUAGCCCUCGCAUGUCUGCUUGCCAGUCGUCUUUCACCCAGACUUCGUAGACAAGCACGUUGAAAUAAAAAAACAUCAUGAAUUUGCUUUUCUCUAGGGUUUCGUAUAGUUGCGCUAGCGUCUUGAGUUCAGAUCAGUUUUUAUGGGCAAGGCCAGUCAACAUUUUUUGGGACAAAAGCAACAAAUAAAUACUUAAUUGAAUGUUUAGUUAGAGUAAAAUUUGUGCAUUAUCUUAUGUAUAAUUAACUUUAUGAUUGUUGCAUGACUCUGAAUAACUUUUUUGUCCAGUAGUCCAUUCAGCUGAAUUCUGUUACUGACUGAAAUAAUAUGUAUGAAAAGUUAGAAACUGUCUAUAUACUGUACCUUGUCUCAUAUGUAUUCUGGUCCAUUAGAGAUGUUACACUGAGUGCAUGGUGUUUAUUUCAGCAUAAGGCUUCUAAACUCAUUUGCUCUUGAAUGCUUCACCAGCAGGUAACUGUAAUUUACAUUGAUUAUACGAAUAUUGUCAGUUAAAAUAUACAAAAAUAUGUCUUGUUCUUUAGAAAUAAAUGUAAAAUAUUAGCAAUGUUAAAUUUAUUUCUAAUACAGAGUGCAUGACCAAAUGCACAAUGUUGUUGCAUUAAACCUUGCUGUUUUAAUAACAAUAAUGUGAUUAUUCAUAAUUGUGAAUUGCCACUUGCAGCCCAUUUCAGUUAAUAUGCUGAAACAGAAUAUUAAACAAGAAGAAUGCAACUUGGUUUUUAUAUAUUGGGAUUACUUGAUAAA